AUGGGUCGCCCGGUGUCAGGAGUGGACUGUUGUGGGCAGCACCUCACGCUGGCAGCAGUGAAGCGUGUUAGCAGCUCCCUGUGCUCUAAGCAGGACACGUGCUUAGUCUCGGGGGUCAGAGGAGGCGCACGGGCUUCAGAGCUCACCAGCAACCUGGCGCCAGGAAACCAAACCCACGCCACAGCGUUCACCCUCCUGGGGCUCUCAGAAGAGGCCUCGCUGCAGCCCCUCCUCUUUGGGGCAUUCUUGGCCAUGUACUUGGUCACGGUCACUGGGAAUCUCCUCAUCAUCCUGGCCAUCGUCACGGACCCCCGCCUGCACACCCCCAUGUACUUCUUCCUCGCCAACCUGUCCUUUGCUGACAUCGGCUUCACCUCCACCACCGUCCCCAAGAUGCUGCUGAACAUCCAGACACAGAACAAAGCCAUAACCUACGCGGGCUGCCUCAGCCAGACGUUUUACUCCUUACUCUUUGCAACAGUGGACAACUUCCUCUUGACAGCCAUGGCCUAUGACCGGUUUGUGGCCAUCUGCCAUCCCCUGCACUACAUGGUCACCAUGAACCCCCAGUUCUGCAGCCUCCUGCUUCUUGCAUCCUGGGUGUUAAGUCUUCUGCAUUCUCUAUUACACAGCUUAAUGGUUUUGAGACUGUCCUUUUGCUCACAGCUGCAAAUCCCUCACUUCUUCUGUGAACUGGACCAGGUGAUCCAGCUUGCCUGCUCUGACACCUUCCUCAAUGAGCUGGUGGUAUAUUUAGCAACGGGGAUUCUGGGGAUCAUUCCGCUCAGCGGCAUCCUUUUCUCCUACUCUAAGAUUGUGUCCUCUGUUUUGAAAAUCUCCUCAGCGAGCGGCAGGUACAAAGCCUUCUCCACCUGCGGGUCUCACCUCUCCGUGGUCUCCCUGUUCUACGGGACGGUAUUUGGCGUGUACCUCAGCUCUGCUGCUACCCAUGACUCCAGGGACAGUGCAACAGCCUCGGUGAUGUACGCGGUGGUCACCCCCAUGCUGAACCCCUUCAUCUACAGUCUCAGAAACAAGGACAUAAAGCAGGCCCUGGUGAGGCUCUUUAGCUGCAGAGCAACCCCAAAGUGA